CAAAAAAGAAAAUUGGCAAGGCUAUUAUUAUUAUUAUUAAACGCGCUCCCGUCGCGGGAUGACGCUAUUAGUAAAUCAAUCAAUUCCGCAGAAAACAGAGAUGAUUGCAAAUCAUCUCCAUCUCUUCCCCCGCAUCCCCAUGAAUUAAUCCUGAAUCCCUGCAUAUUCGCAGGCCAUGACCUGUCGAUCUCCUCAGAUAUCCUCAUCAGGGACCGGGUUCGAUGAGAGCGGUGGCAGCGAAUACGGAUCCGACUUCACUCCGGAUGAAGAGGAGUUGUUGAACGAGCUGCUCGCGAAGGCGGCCGCCACUCACCAACGCGCCGCCACCGCGAGCCAGGACCAUUUCCAUAUUCCCGCGACCACGACAGCGACAGCUGUGGAGGUAGAAGAAGAAGAAGAAGUGUCUAGGCAGGAUUUGCAGUCUCUUCAGCCAAAUCUUGUCAUAGGGGAUAUUGAAGAUUAUGGGGAUCCACGGACUGCUCGCGUGCCCAAGGUCCUGGGCAGGGAGAAAUGGAGUCCGAGGAAGACACAGCAGGUUCUUUGGCCGUGGAGGCCUGCUUCAAGUCAGGACAGGAGCAACGUUGGCUCCGCGCGUGUUGAACAUCCGGAUUCGAUCGAAGGUCGCGAGCGAGAACGCGAGAGGGAUCGGGCGCGUGAGCUGAACUGGAUCCAGCGUGAAAAUACACCAGGAAGCGUAGAGCAGUCGGACGUGCAGUCGCCGCUCGAUCGCUUCAGACGGCCUCCGAACAAGGCGUUCUCGGUGACGGACCUCGUCUCGCCGGCUUGGUGCGAGCUGCAGUACUGGUACAUAUUGACGAAGCAUGGACGGAAGAGGAGGACGGCUGCGAUGAAGCAGGGGAGUGCGGUUCAUAAAGUCCUGGAAGAUGAGGUCCAUACGAUGGUUCCCGUGGAGAUUACGACGAAGGAGGAUGCAUGGGCGUUGAGGAUAUGGAAUGUCAUCCAGGGUCUGCGGACUCUUCGAGAUUAUGGAAUGACAAGAGAGCUGGAGAUAUGGGGCUUGAUUGAUGGCGAAAUCGUUAACGGGGUCAUCGAUCAGCUGUCCUAUGAGUGUCCGGAUCCCGAGUUGGAGGCUUCGAGCGAGGCUUAUUACGCGGAUGCGCAGGCUGCCAGGGCUGUCCUGCCGGAGUAUCAGAUGUCCAUUACGGAUUAUUUACUGUCUCCAUCGCAGGGAGGGAAGAAGCUUUCUGAUAUCGCGUGGGCUGAACCGCAAAAGGCUUCCAGGGACGUAUUCGAUCCUCCACCACCGGAGGUUUUCAAUACACCCAGGAUCUACAUGACUGAUAUCAAGACUCGGGGAACGCGGUCUAUCCCUACUGUCUCCAGCUCAUCGUUUCGACCCACGCAGCUCCAGCUGCAGUUCUACUACCAUCUGCUCAAUCGUCUGAUAACGAGCGACGACGUCACGAUGGAACUGCUUGCUACUCGCUACGGUCUGGACCCGGACCGCGCAUUUUCCGACGCAUUCGUCGCCGAGGUUGGCGGACUGAACGAUCAGUUCUUCGAGGCUCCGUCUUCCUUAGAUUCAGAUCCGGAUUAUAUCCCAUCGGAGAAGAGACGUGAGCCUUCAUCAUCACCAACAACCGCACUGUCAGCAAGUCAAGAUUCAACUAGCAUUCUCCUUUCCCACAACAACCUCAAUGCUCUCUGGAGCCUGAUGAAGACUCAACUUCGCCGCACCUUUCUACCAUCUGAAGACUCCAUAGUCUCUCCUUCUAUACCCGCCCUCUCGCAACCCGACAUCCUCGCCGCUUACCCCACCACUCUAUCCCCGCUAUUGACAGCAAAAUACCUCUCGUCCACCGUAACAGACGACGAGACAUCCCCCAAGAACCUCGGCAGCCGAUCAUUCCUCUUCGAUCCGUCUUCCCUGACUUCCUACAUUUCGGAACAGAUGGCCUGGUGGCGCGGUCGACGAUCCCCGCGUGGCGUUGAGGUCAUGGAUGCGUGGAAAUGCCGGAUCUGCGAAUUCAGAGACGAAUGCACAUGGCGCGAAGAGAAGGAACGCGCCUUUGCAGGUCGACGAAAGAGGAGAGGAAGCUCCGUUGGACUGACGAUAUAAUCUUAACCCAACUCACCUUACAUAUAAAUUGGGGGAGGUCUAAAAGGUCUGGCGUUUUAUUAGAUUGGGAUGAUAUUGGGGCGUUUUCAAGUGCGUUCAAAAAUGCAUAUCAGGAAAUGGAAUCUUGUUUUGUGUGUUGCAUUUUACGCCUAGGUGGAUCUAGUAUUUUACGCAGGCGGCGUUUGAGGUUUCUAUUGAAGGCAAGGCAUCAGCUGGAACCUUUCUCAUGGGGUCACGUAUACAUAUCGGAUAAUCUCUGUAAAUAGCCUCUUCAAUGAUUACAUGGUGGUAUAGAUGGUAUUCUUUUGAUUUAUCAUUGUAACGAUGACGACGAUGAGCAUAUCAUAUCAUUAGUUAUCAAUAUAUGCGGAUUUCUCCUGCACUGGAAGAAUAAAAGUAAUAACCAA